UGACGCUGCGUCUUGCUGCUGUCACCCUGGUAUAAAUCACCUCGGUGAAUCUAUUCAGCCCUUCUCUCCACGCCGAACUGCUGCGUCCCGUCCGGGCUACAAAGUAGCUUCGACUCCUUCCUCUUCUUCUGCAGUCAUGGCUGACCAAGCUUUUGUGACGUUGGCCACCAAUGACAACUACGCUCGGGGAGCCAUGGUUCUGGGCAAGUCCCUGCGCAACCACAACACAUCCAAGAAGCUGGUGGCGCUCAUUGGUCCACAAGUGUCCGAGCCGUGCCAGUCCGUGCUGAAGAGGCUCUACGAUGAGGUGAGGGUGGUGGACUUGCUGGAAAGCGGCGACACAGCUCACCUGGCCAUGAUGAAGAGGCCUGACCUGGGCGUCACCUUCACCAAACUCCACUGCUGGACCCUCACACAUUACUCCAAAUGUGUUUUCAUGGACGCAGACACACUGGUGCUUUCAAAUAUAGAUGAACUGUUUGACAGAGAAGAACUGUCAGCUUCUCCUGACCCCGGAUGGCCUGACUGCUUUAACUCCGGUGUGUUCGUCUUUUGUCCUUCGAUGGAGACUCACGGCAAACUGCUUCAGUACUGUACAGAACACGGCAGCUUUGACGGUGGAGAUCAGGGUGUUUUAAACGGCUUCUUCAACACUUGGGCAACAGCUGACAUUUCGAAACACCUCCCCUUCAUCUACAACCUCAGCAGCAUAGCCAUCUACACGUACCUUCCAGCCUUCAAACAAUAUGGUGGCAAUGCCAAGGUGGUCCAUUUUCUGGGGAAGACCAAACCGUGGAGUUACACAUUUGACACCAAAGCCAAAAAGAUCACAGGGAGUGUGCACGAGGACACCGCACAUCCCACCUUCCUCCUGGACUGGUGGACCCUGUUCUCCAGCGCCGUGGUGCCGAUGCUGCAUGAGCAGUACGGAGAGCAGCCUUUUCACUCCGGAUGUGUGGAGUUCCAGUAUUGUGACAUUCUCACUUUUGAGAGCGAACAGGAUGAAACCUUGUCCUCACACGAACAAGAGCCACAGCUCCACAUGUCCUCGGAGGAGCGCAAGGAGAAGUGGGAGCAAGGUCAGGCAGACUACAUGGGAAUGGACUCGUUUGACAAUAUCAAAAGGAAGCUGGAUAGUUUCCUCAAAUGAAGAGCAGGGAGAUCAACGGAGCACUCGCAGUUUAACACACUCACCACGUCUUUGCAAGAAAAUACUCGGCACGUUUUUCCUUCCUGCCCGUUUCCAGAAGAAAAUGAGUCGAGUCUCUCUCUUCACCAGCAAAACCUUCAACGCCAUUUAAAUAUUAUGAAGGGCUUUAAUUAUCUAUGCAAGACUCAUUAUUGAGUUGACCCUGUCACAGGGAUCUGUUGUGCUGCACUGGAAGAAUCUGAAAAAACAAUACUAACAUGAACUCACUUUUUCUAGGUAUUUUGAUAAAAGCACUUUUCUUUUUAUCUGAGUGUCCUUUUUUAAUAAAGGGAGAUGACGACAAUAAAGAGUUGAACUGGAACUCAUGUAUCUGUGUUACUGAGCACUUACAUGUACAUUCUUCUUUCUUUUUCUUUUACGACUGCCAUCUAACAUCCCCUGAUUUAAAUCUUAAACAUGUUUACAGCGCUUCUAAAGGCCGUAGUGUGGUCCUGUAGUCGCCAUAGAUACGCAGCAGAUCCUCAGUGCCUUCGUGUCUCGCGCUCUCUGCUGCCAUCAUCCUGUCUGUGUUUGACUUUUUAACUGUCUUUGAGUGUAACUUUGUCCGGGAUGUUGACUGUACCACAAACACUCUACACCUGGAAACAUUAAAAACAUGAAACGUU